AGGAAGUCUUGUUCAUGGUUCAGGGAACGUGUAGGAAAUUUUGACUUUAGAGUCUGAGAUUGGUGAAUGCAGGAAAUAAAAGUGAAUUACAUGCAAAAUGUGUCAAUGUUUGAAGAGCAAAGUAAAGAAAUAUUGUGGAACUAAGCAAUGUGAAUAAGUAAUAUGUAUACUUAAUAUUUAAAUAAAAAAUAAAAAGGAAAAAAAACAGAAAAGAUUAAUACAAAAAGUGUGUAAAUGUGAUUAUCCAUUUUAUUUUUCCUGAAUUGUGGAUAGCAUAGCAAAUAUAUGGAACAUACUCCAAUUCACAGUGGUUAUUAAAAUGCUUUGCAUAAGUGAUCAAGGGAACCCCACAGAGGAGAGGAAAAAGUUCAUGAUUGACAAGAGGAGGGAGUGAGGAAGCCCAUUUGAUGAGACUAAAGAUGUCUGGCCGCCACCUGAGUUCGGAAGACCGACGGGAACUUGCCCGCCUGACCAAGAUCCUCUCCCAGAAAAUAGUCCAGGUCGUCGUCCAGAGUCGGCUGGGUGAAAAGGCCAUCACAAAGUCCAAGACACCUGCGCAAGGAUCAGAAUGGUUCAAUCUGGGAAUAGAGGACAUUCAUGAAAUACAGCAGGAAACAAAGCGGGGUCUUGGGGGCCACCUGCCGGAUGUUGGAAAGCCGCUGGUGGUGGAAAUACUCCUGCGCACCCCAGAGUCAGACAGCCUCGUGCUAGAGCUGUGGACUUUAAACAUUUUAGAUUCGUGUGAUACCUCGCCAGCAAGAAUAAAUCCUACCAUUUAUAACAGGAUGACGGUGUUGUUGAAGUCACUUUUGGCUGUCACGCGCAUUACCCCAGCCUACAAGCUAUCGUUUAGGCAGGGUGCAGAUUCCUUCAUCAUCUGCUACAGGGUCUAUUUAGGAGAGCCUAAUUUUGAUUGUCUUGGUGAAAAUCCUGUUCAGGCAAGAUUGGGACAGGUGACAACUCCAGAAUCAACGAUGAUAAUGUGUGUCAGUUACCGCACACAGAUCACACUCAACCCCCCUAGUCGUAGUCCUGCUCAUGAGACUAUAAUGCUCAAGAGUGAUCAUUUUAAACCUGAGGUUUCUCCAAGACACUGCCGACGGGGUGCAGAUAGAGGAACUGACAGCAGUGAGGCAGCUCAGACAUCUGAUGAAAGCCAAGACGCAGCAAGACUUUUUACUGCUUCACCCCUUGACCAGCCAUCAACACCUCGAUCGAGAACAAGCAGUGACAGCAGUUGCAGAGGCUACGUUCAACAGCAACAGCAACAGCAGCAACAACAACCUGAGAGGAAGGUGUCAGUAGCCUUUGUUGAUGCCAAGCCAGCCAAGCCAGAUGGCUUCUUCCUGCCCGAUAUUCCCUUUUCCAAUCUACUGACAUCCACCAUAGAGGUCCAGCAGGAUAAAAAAACAGACAAAGCAGAGGGGGUCAGUAAUCCUUCAGCAGCUGUCACUCAGGAAAAAGCAGGACAGGAGAGAGCAGGAGCAGGAGCAGCUGCAACAGGGAUUCAGACUCAGGACACUGGCGAGCGUGUCGUCAUGACGGCCUCAGAUGGCUCACACAAGUCCACCACUUCAGCACAACUCAGAGACGAAGCGGAUUUUGUUAUGGUGGAGCUGAAAACACCAUUUGGUGGGACUUGCGGAACGGGAAAUGACCUAGGUGCAUUCUACCGAGAGUGUCGAAGUGCACCCCCACUCCGUAUGUUUGCUGAUACCCCAGAAGACGAAAUCAGUGACCUUACUGAACAGCUCCUGAGCUUUGAGGCGAACAUGGAAGAAUAUGAUGAACUAGUAAAGUCUUUCCACUCGGAUAACAGUCCAAACAGCCCUGACUGAGGUGGCACCAAACUGUAGUACUUUUAAUAUGUGUAUUUAUUAUGGGAUUUGCUUUUCUUCAUCAUGAAUAUAAUGACUAGAUCAUUUUUGCAGAAGUUACAUAUAAGUUUGUAGCAGUAUGUGGUCAUCAUAUUAAUUGUUGCAGGUUUAGCCCCAUUGCCCCCUCCCCCCAUAAAAGAAUAUAUAUAUAUAAUUCCCGAUGUGUGUUUGAUAAUGUCAUAAUAGUGCUGUAUUAUAUAGAAAAUCUAAUAAGAUUUUUUUUUUUU